AUGAAGAGUGACGCUUGGCUGAGUAAGCCUUUUCUUACUUCUAUAUUCCUUGGAAUUGGGGGAUUUCUCUAUGGAUUUGACUCGGGUAUCAUUACUCCGAGCUUAGCUCUGGGCACGUUUGUCAAUUAUUUUGGCAAUCCGCCUCCUCCUCUUCGAGGUGCAAUUGUGUCCAUGUACCAAGCAGGAGCAUGGUUGGGUAGUGCUUCAGUGGGUAUCACCAGCGACUGGCUCGGCCGUCGCAAGGCAAUCGCAUUUGGAUGUAUCUGGGGAGUCAUUGGCGGUGCUAUCAUGGCUGGAGCCGCUCAUGUUGCUAUGCUCAUCAUUGGACGUAUGUUGGUUGGUUUCGCUGUUGGUACCAUCACGGGAGUAUCUCCGGUCUUCGGAGCCGAGAUUGCCAAGACGCAUGAACGCGCUAAAGUUACAGCAGUCAAUCAAAUGAUGACCGCCUGGGGCUUCUUUGUCGCCCUGUGGAUAGGUGUUGCCGAAGGUAAAUGGCACAACCCUAAUCAAUGGCGUCUCGGCUUUGCGAUCCAAAGCAUUCCAGCUCUCAUUCUUGGAGUUGGCGUCUUGUUCCUCAGCGAAUCACCUCGAUGGUUGUGUCUCAAAGGCCGCCACGAUCAAGCCGAGAAAGCAUUCCGGAACUAUCAUUUUGAUGGCACCAACGAAGAGUGGUGUCGAACUGAAUUCACCGUUAUCCAGGUCAACAUCUCUGAAGAACAGCAAGCCCAGGGUCUUCUCUCAUGGGGCGAUCUCAUCAAGACACCCUCCUUCAGAAAGAGACUCUUUGUCGGUUCUUUUGUCUGGGCAGCUGCCAUGUUGUCUGGUAUCUCAUUCGUACAGUAUUAUCAGACUGCCAUCUAUGCUACGCUACAGUUCGACGAAGAUCGUCAGUUGUUGGUCAGUGGACUUUAUGGGUCCGUUGCACCAGUGGCUUGUCUCAUUUCAUUGUUCUUCGUCGACAAGAUCGGCCGGAAGAAGAUUCUGAUCACGAGUUCUUCACUCUUGUCAGUUUGUUAUUUGAUCAUUACGAUCUUGGCGGCUAAGUUCCCUGCUGUUCCUGGCAUGCCUACCAAUGCUGCUGCGCAACGAGGUCUUAUUGCGUGCAUUUUUGCUGUUUCAGCGAACUACUCUGCUCUUCUCGGACCCAUGACAUGGAUCAUUCCUCCCGAGGUUUUCACCACUGAGCUCCGAGCUAAGGCCAAUGCUAUUGUACAGGUUGUUCAUUACUCUAUCAGUUUAAUUAUCACGCAAUGCUCGCCGAUCGCCCUGGCGGAAGUUGGCUGGAAGUACUACAUCCUGUUUGUUCUGACCAAUGCACUAUGUGCGCUGAUCUUCUUUUUCGUGUAUCCAGAGACUCGAGGUAAAUCUCUGGAGGAAAUAGAUGAGAUCUUUGGUGAUGUCAAGAUCGUACAUGAAGAAGAUGUCAGAUUCUCUGAGAAGGCUGGUAUUGAUAAGAUUGAAAGGCGUGAUAGUCACAUCAUUCAAUAA